AUGUCAGAACACAGCAGGAAUUCCGAUCAAGAAGAUCUCUUUGAUGGGGAGAUUGAUGAAGAUGAAAUCUUGGCCAAUUUGUCUCCCGAAGAGCUGAAAGAACUGCAAUCAGAAAUGGAAGUCAUGGCCCCUGACCCCAGGCUUCCUGUGGGAAUGAUCCAGAAAGAUCAGACAGACAAGCCGCCAACAGGAAACUUCGACCAUAAGUCUUUGGUUGAUUAUAUGUAUUGGCAGAAGGCAUCCAGACGUAUGCUGGAAGAUGAACGUGUUCCUGUCACCUUUGUGCCAUCUGAGGAAAACACUCAAAAGCAACACGAAGAACUAGACAAGAGUAAUAAAAAUAUGUCCCAGUAUUUAAAAGAUAAGCUCAAUAGUGAAAUUAUUGCAAAUAAUAGAAAACUAAAGAGCAGCAAUAAUGUCCAAAAACCAGACAAGUAUGAAGAUGAAGAUAAUGAAAAUAAUAGUGGAGAAAGUGAUGAAAAAACGAAAAGAGAAGAGGAAGACAUAAAGGAGCAAAUAAUCAGAAAUGGUGAGAGCAACUGCCAACUCAUAACCAAUAAGGCACUUGGAAAGCAGAAUGAUGGGCCCGAGGCCCAAGAAAAAAGUGUGAAAAAAAUAUCCAAAUUAGAUCCUAAGAAGUUAGCCCUAGAUACCAGUUUUUUAAAGGUGAGUGCGAGGCCUUCAGGGAACCAAACAGACCUGGAUGGGAGCUUGAGGCGAGUCAGACAGAACGAUCCUGAAAUGACAGAACUCAACCUUAAUAACAUUGAGAACAUCCCAAAAGAAAUGUUACUGGACUUUGUCAAUGCAAUGAAGAAAAACAAGCAUGUCAAAACCUUCAGUCUAGCAAAUGUCGGAGCCGACGAGAACAUCGCAUUUGCUUUGGCUAACAUGCUGCGUGAAAAUAGAAGUAUUACCACUCUCAACAUCGAGUCCAAUUUCAUCACCGGUAAAGGCAUUGUGGCCAUCAUGAGGUGUCUCCAAUUUAAUGAGACACUCACCGAACUGCGGUUUCACAAUCAGAGGCACAUGCUGGGCCACCAUGCUGAAAUGGAAAUAUCCCGCCUAUUGAAGGCCAACAACACUCUCCUGAAGAUGGGCUACCAUUUUGAGGUUCCAGGUCCCAGAAUGGUGGUAACCAACCUGCUCACCAGGAAUCAGGAUAAACAAAGGCAGAAGAGACAAGAAGAACAAAAGCAGCAGCAACUCAAAGAGCAGAGGAAAUUAAUAGCCAUGUUAGAGAAUGGGUUGGGGCUGCCACCCGGGAUGUGGGAGAUGUUGGGAGGGCCAAUACCAGAUCCUAGAAUGCAGGAAUUCCUCCAGUCUCCUCAGUCUCCAAACCCCCAGGCAGUCCCCUUUGGUCGGCAAAAUGAGAUGAUGAAAAAUCAGUCACAGCCUCCGCAGUACAGGACAGACCCUGACUCCUUCCGGGUAGUGAAGCUGAAGAAGAACCAGCGCAAAUCUCGGAUGCCGGAAGCCAGGGACCCACAGGAGAAAACCAACCUCAAGGAUGUCAUCAAAACCCUCAAGCCAGUGCCGAAAAAUAGGCCACCUCCCUUGGUUGAAAUCACCCCCAGAGACCAGCUCUUGAAUGAUAUUCGUCAGAGCAAUGUCGCCUAUCUCAAACCUGUCCAACUGCCAAAAGAACUGGAAUAAGAAGCAACACAAUAGACUAGAAGAAGAAAUUAAAAUACUGGCUCUUGACUUAGCUCUUGAAGGCUAUUUCAAUGGCAUAUUUCUGGAUCCAGGGGGUAUAAUGGGGAGCAAUGCUAGCAUCCGAUGUGGGCGUUUUAUAAAAGGCAAAAUGCUUGGUCUCUGACAAAAUAGUCUGAAGAGGAAGGCGGAAACAUUUUUUACUUCUGAUCAGUUUAAGUGACUUAGGUAAAAGUAAGAGUCAUGCUUCUAGCUGCAAACUCUAAAACAAGUUUUUCCUAAACAUUGGAUUUGCCCUUGCUUUCUUCUAAUUAAUAACAAUAAACUAUAGAAUAUAUAUACAUAAGCAUAUAUAUGUAUA